AUGCCUUGAGAUCAGGAAGAGCCGCUACAUAACAAACAAGUCGGCACGUUUUGGUGUUUUGAGAUCUAUUACCAAAGAUUCAAUCAAAUCCAAAAAGAACACCGGCAGGAAAACACAAGCGUUUUCGGCAUUUUGGGUUUAUUUAAAAUAACUAAAACAUGGCCAGGCAGUUCGGUUAUCGGCAUGGUAUCUCCGUGCUGCAAAUGAUCGCCUUUUCUUUCACCCUUCCGUGCGCGGUCUGGAUGGCAUGCACCCGCCGAAACGGCUGGUUUGGCAUCGGCGGCUUGUCUAUAAUACGGCUUGUCGGCGCAAGCUGCUUCCUCGCGACGCUGAGCAACAACUCUAUGAGAGUAUGGGCGGGCGCAUACGUGUGCGAAAAUCUGGGUAUCGCCUUGUUGACGUUUCUACUGCUGGGGAUGUUGGAGAGGGCAAACCGCUACGCCAAAUUCGUCCACCGUUGGGUAUUCCAAGGCCCCUACAUAGUUUCAUGGGGCGGCAUAGCCCUCUCGGUGAGCGAGUUCAUCACCACGUCCCGCCGAUCCGACGACGGCACGACGCUGAACCCCUACGGCCUGGCGGGCACCAUCAUAUUCCUGCUCUUCUUUACGACGACGGUCGUGCUCGCAGCCAUCUUCUUCCGUCGCCGCGCCGAGCUCCCAGAUGCCGAGCGCGCGCAGGUCAGGUGCGUGAUCCUAGCCUGCCUGCCCGCCAUGGUGGUGCGCAUCGUCUACUGGCUCGUGGGCCGGUUCCCGGGUCCCGCGCGCGCCACCUUCAGCCCCAUAACCGGCGACCCGACCGCCUACCUGCUCAUGACUGCGCUGCCGGAGAUGGUGGUGGUAGGGGCGUGCACGGCCAUGAUCCUCAGGCACGGUAGGGACUGGAGGGUGUACUACAAGAGCGCCCCGUCGGAGGAGGUGGUGCAUGGGGCCCAGGAGGACGUGGAUUUGAGGAGUAGUAGCGGUCGUGUUUGAUUGAAAGUAAAAGUCAGAAUGUAACAGCUGAGCAUGUUGAACGUACGAUGGUUGUGUCUAGACCACAGCUUAUUUUAGACUUGUCGUUUGUAAGAUGUAAAUUAUCGAAAGACAUCGCUUCAGCUACUUCCAGCCGCGCAACCCUAUAAGGACAGCUGAGUUGAUUGAGCUGUUCGCUGGCUUCCAGCUGGGUGGUUUAGGUUACCGUGCUAAUUUGGCGAUUGUAAUUGGUCGAAACUGCCGAAAGUACACGCUAUUCUACAGCCUGUAGCUUUCGCCACCUCUUCUGGGCACCCGACCCGACACUAGAAC